AGCCUGUGUGUCGGUGCGCGUCGCAGAGGUCGGUUUGCCGAAGGGGGUCAGGGUGGCUCCUUUAUAAAAGCGUGCGGGGGCGCCUAGCGGCCGCCAGAUGUCUACUGUCUACGGCUCUCCGGCUUUGGGAUGUUCACAACUGUACUUCUCUAGCCUGCCAUACGUGUAAAACAUGCUUUUUUGGCACUCUCAACCAGAACCGUACACCCAGCAUUCACUCCGAGAUGCAUUGGCAUCGUUCCUUAAGCACGAGGAGACUCCGCAUAUCUCCGAAAAGUGCGAAAAAAUGCCGGCUUUUCAGUACGUCCUCUGCGCACCUACAUCACCAGCGGUAAAAAUACACGAUGAAACCCUCACCUAUCUGAACCAAGGUCAGUCCUACGAAAUCCGUAUGCUUAACAGGAAACUAGUGGAUUAUACAGAUAUAAGCAGCAAAUUUGUAAAGAGCAUUGUGAGGGUGGUUUUCCACGACCGACGCUUGCAGUACACUGAGCACCAGCAGCUGGAGGGCUGGCGCUGGAGCAGACCUGGCGACAGGAUUCUCGAUAUUGAUUUGCCUCUUUCCAUGGGGAUCGUGGAGCCACAGUCACACCCCCUGCAGCUGAACACAGUGGAGUUCCUGUGGGAUCCCCUUAAAGGCGGCUCCGUGUUCAUCCAGGUCAACUGCAUCAGCACAGAGUUCACCCCGCGCAAGCACGGCGGGGAGAAGGGGGUGCCCUUCCGCAUUCAGGUCGACACCUUCAUCCAGAACAGGGGUCGAGAGUACCAGGAGCACGUCCACUCCUCCAGCUGCCAGGUCAAGGUCUUCAAGCCCAAAGGAGCUGAUCGCAAACUGAAGACUGACAGGGAAAAGAUAGAGAAAAAGUCUCUUCAAGACAGAGAGAAAUACCAGCCCUGCUAUGAAACUACAGUGCUUGCUGAGUGCUCGCCGUGGCCCGACGCCCCUGGCCUGUGCUGUGGCCCCCCCUCCCCCAUGUACCGCAGCUCUCCGACCCCCUGCGGUCUUCUGGAAGGAAACUGCUCUCCUGACCAGCAGGGGGAGCAGAUGCUGCCCAGUUGCUCUGAUCACCUCCUGCCCACGUGGUCCACGCAGGACACACAGAAAUGGCUUCAUCGCCAUCGAUUCUCACAGUUCUGCAGGUUGUUCUCCAGCUUCUCAGCUGCUGACCUAUUGAAAAUGUCCAAAGAUGACUUCGUCCAGAUCUGCGGUCCGGCGGAUGGGAUCCGGCUGUUUAACUCCAUUAAAGGGCGGUGCAUACAGCCGCGCCUCACGGUCUACGUGCGUCACCAGCAGCAGGCUAAGCCAAUGCCCAGCGAGGACGUGUACCAUGCCAUCUACCUGGAUGAACUCACUGCGUCUGAGCUGAAGGAGAAGAUCGCCAACAUCUACAAUGUGUCCCCACAGCGAAUCAGCCGGGUGUACAGGCAGGGCCCGGCCGGAGUCCAUGUGUUGAUAUCCGACGGGAUGGUGCAGAACUUCAUUGAGGAAACCUGUUUCACUGUCAGCACACUGAAAGUUGGUGAUGAGAACAGUGAUGGCUACCACAUUGUCCUCAAAUAACCUCAAAAUCAAGCGAAAGAAGAAUUUCAGUGGAAAACUUCAACUUAUUUUCAUUACUUAAAUAAUUAUAAUUAUAGUUUACAGGAAAAAGACAGUUCUACCUGAUUUUUUGGUGUUGUUCAUAUUUUUAAACUACUGAUUUAAAAAUAUGGAAUACUGAAUGGAAUGUAUAAAUUAUUUUUGAGUGUUUUUAAGUACAAUGCUUGUAUAUAAUUCUAAUGUUAAGUAAGAGCUCUAAAUCACUCCCUAAAGUUUGAUUGUAAAUGUGCACUGGACAUUUUUUUAUUACCGUCAUAUCUGUGAAUGGUAAAGAAAGAGUGAGUUUUUAUGUUUCUGUUGUCAUUGUGGUUUCAUUGUUCAGUUUAACCACCUGAUAUUUUAAGAAUAACUGGUUAGACUGGUUAAAGGAGUUAUUAGACUGCGUUUGGCCCAUUCUGCAAUUCUAAAUCCUUCCUAGCUGCUGGUUUGAGUGGAAUGCUUUGAUCAGUGACGUAUAUGUUUUUCUCUAAUACGGUACAGUGCUGUUUUAUGUUCCUUUUACUCUGUUUUCCUGUCUUGAUUCUGCAGGUAACUGGGUUACUGUUUAUAAUUGUUUAAUUGUAGCAACAUAGUUUUGUAUAUAUGCUGCACACUGAUAUUUCAGUUUUUAUUCUGGAUAAAGUUCUAUAUUCUAAACGUUGAUAUGCAUUGGUAUUACGAACGUAUUGUCAACAAAGCUAGUAAACAAAACAGUAAAGAUUAAGGAGUUUUAAUCAAGAUGCUAGUGAUUUUUAAUUAUGACAACUGGCUCUUUUCCUAACUAAAAGUUGCUCUCAGCCACUUUGUGAAUAGGUGUUAGGAAAAAACUCUUAAAAACCUUUAGUUCGAUUUAGGAGUACUCUUAGUGGUAAGAUAAAAUGCUUUGUGAAUACGCGCCCUGAUUUUAUGAUCGCUCCACCAUUGUCCCCAAAUAGACCCUACCAUUGCAGUUUUAAGAUCAAAUAAUGCAAAACUAUGUGAGACAUUUUUUUUUUAAAUCUUUCAAGUUCACUGCAAGUAACCCAUAAUAAACAAACAAUUAGGGUAAUAA